AUGGGAGAAGGGGAGGUUUGUGUGGCUGUGUUGAGCAAUGUCGGGGAAAUGGAAAACGAGAAAAUUCAGCAGAAGCGUGACCAUCAGUGGCUAACAGUUGGUUCUGAUGUGGAGCCCUUGCCCAAAAAACAGGCCAUAGAGGAUUCAGUUGAUGAUGAAGUAGAUUCUUGUGCUAUUAGUCAUUCAGAAGUGGCCCUGAUUUCUAUUGAACAAGAGCCAUGUCCUAAAACACCUCCCACAGAGGGUUUAAAUAGUAUUAAAAAACUAGAGCCUUCUGUUGAACAGGAUAGUAAAGAAUGUUCAAAUGGAUUGGAACUAAUGCAACCAACAGAAUCUCUAAACGAUAAUAUGCAAGAUGCUUCCAGUGAGGAGCCUGUCCAAGAAUGUCUGAAGCCUGUUACAGAAGGUUUAGAUGACAUGGAACUAGAUCCUUGUGGUGAGAAUGAGAAACACUCUUUAGAGGUUUCACAUGACAUGGAAAUAGAACCUAUUGUUGAGCAGCCUGUCAAGGAGUGUCUGAAUGAGAUGGCAAUAGAACCAAUUGUUGAGCAGCCUGUCAAAGAGUGUCUGAAUGAGGUGAAACUAGAGCCUAUUGUUGAACAGCCUGUCAAGGAGUGUCUGAAUGAGGUGAAACUAGAGUCUGAUGUUGAACAGCCUGUCAAGGAAUGUCUGAAUGAGGUGAAACUAGAGUCUAAUGUUCAACAGCCUAUCAAGGAGUGUUUGAAUGAGAUCCAACAUGUCAAAGAAUGUCCAAGUGAGAUGGAAACAGAGGUUUGUGGCAAGAUGAAGACAACCGAGGCUUUGAACGAGAGUGAACCAGAAUAUUCUGUUCAAAAACCUGUCAAAGAUUCACUGCUUGAGAUGAAAAUGGAGGUUUCUAGAAGUAAACAGACAACACAAAGCUUAACUGAUAAUGAAAUAAAGCCUCCUGUUAUGAACCAUAUAACCCAAGUUGUAAAUGAUACUGGAACAGAGUCUUCUGUCAUAAAGCAGACAACAGAUGCCUUAAAUGAUACUGAACUGGUAAUAGAUCCUUGCACCAAGAAGGAGGUGAAGGAGGCUUCAAAUGAUGAUAUAUGCUCUGAAGUUUCAAAUCCCAAUGUAUCACCUCGUGACAAUUCUUCAAGUUUUCAGACUGUUAAUAGUCAACCAGAUGGAAAACAAGUCAUAAAAGACCAAACUGUUUGUGGUGAAAUUACAUCAUCAAGCAGUGAGGGGAGCUCAAGCCAAGAUGAACAUGGUACUACAAAUGAUACAUCACAUGUUGUACUUGAGGUUCCAAAGCAUGCAAGUACUUCUUCUGGUAUUAGGAAAAUUACUUUCAAAUUCAGUAAACGCAAGGAAGAGUAUGAUAGUCAACUGUCUGCUUCUACUGCAAAGUCAACAGGCAAUUCUUUCACAAACGGGACCCGUAAGGCACCCAGGUUGCAUGAAACUGGGGACUCUCUUUUAUAUCCUAAUACCCUUGAAGCAACGACUGAAAAGGUUGUUCCUGAUAGUUAUCCUACAACUGUUAAAAGACUCUUAUCAACUGGGAUUCUCGAGGGAGCAAAAGUGAAAUAUAUUUCUGCUUCAGGGGAGCUUAUUGGAAUUGUGAAGGAUUGUGGCUAUUUAUGUGGUUGUGCAUCAUGCAAUUUUUCUAAUAUUCUUCGUGCUCAUGAGUUUGAGGAACAUGCUGGUGGAAAAACUAGGCACCCUAAUAAUCACAUAUAUCUGGAGAAUGGAAAACCUGUAUACAGUAUAAUUCAGGCAAUGAAGAAUUCUCCUCCCAACACAGUAGAUGAAGCAAUAAGAAACGUAGCUGGUUCAUCUGUUAAUGAGGAAUUCCUUCAGGUUUGGAAAGGAGGUCUUCAAGGAAACACGGACAGGGGUAAAACAGACAAUAAUCAUCAUAUGAAGCUUAUGAACUUGUAUCAUUCUACAACAAGCUGCACCAAUCACACAAGAGAAGAUGGUCCUAUCCCGUAUUAUUCUUAUCGUAAGAGCUCAGCUUUGGAACCUCAAACAUUUGUUAGUGACACCACGAAAGAGCGGAAAACCCAAUUCAAAAAGCCAAGGUCAUACACAUCUAGCACUGCUGUUGAAACAAAACGAAAUGCUGAAGGUGGCCAUAAGAAAAGAGAUAAUGAUUUACACCGCUUACUAUUUAUGCCAAAUGGACUUCCUGAUGGAACCGAGUUGGCUUAUUAUGCCAGAGGAAAGAAAAUACUUGAGGGUUACAAGCAAGGAACCGGUAUAGUUUGUAGCCAUUGUGACACUGAGAUCAGUCCUUCACAGUUUGAAGCUCAUGCUGGAUGGGCUGCCAAACGUCAACCGUAUCGGCAUAUUUAUAUCCCUAAUGGGCUAACACUCCAUGAUAUAGCUCUGUUGCUUGCAAAUGGUCAAAGUAUCACAACCAGCAACAGUGAUGACAUGUGUGCAGUAUGUGGUGACAGAGGAGAGCUGAUGAUUUGUGAUGGAUGCCCUCGUGCUUUCCAUGCAGUUUGUCUGGGAGUAGUAGAUGGUGUUUCAUCUGAAGACUGGCAUUGCCCAUACUGUAGAGACAGUAUUGGGUCUGGUUCUGGUAGAAAAGCAUCUGCUACAGAGUCAAGACCCAUUGUGAUCAGACUCACACGUGUUGUUAAAGCCCGAGAAUACGAAACUGGUGGUUGUGUUAUCUGUAGGGCUCAUGAUUUCAGUGUUGCAGAGUUUGAUGAUCGAACUGUAAUGCUAUGUGAUCAGUGUGAGAAAGAGUACCAUGUUGGUUGUUUAAGAGAGAGCGGGAGAUGUGAUCUGAAGGCACUCCCAUCGGAUAAAUGGUUUUGUUGUGAUCACUGUGAUAUGAUCCAUGGUGCUAUUCAAGAUGUGGUUGUGAAUGGCGCAACUGUAAUUUCGGCUCCAGUUUUGAGUAUAAUAAACAGGAAAAAUCAACAUGUAGACAAAGGAGGAGUCACAAAUGAGAUUAGAUGGCGGAUGUUAAGUGGGAAAAGCCGCUAUCCUGAACAUUUGCCCCUCCUCUCAAGGGCUGCUGCCAUUUUCCGGGAGUGUUUUGAUCCCAUUGUAGCGACAUCUGGCCGUGAUCUUAUCCCUGUAAUGGUAUACGGGAGAAAUAUAUCUGGACAGGAGUUUGGUGGGAUAUAUUGUGUUGUUCUGAUGGCAGGGUCAGUAGUUGUAUCUGCAGGGCUUCUGAGAAUUUUCGGGCGGGAGGUGGCUGAGCUACCCCUGGUGGCUACCAGUAGACAACACCAAGGGAAGGGAUAUUUUCAAGCUCUGUUCUUUUGUAUUGAGGAGUUACUGUUGUCAUUGGGUGUUGAACUCCUUGUGCUUCCUGCUGCUGAAGAAGCCGAGUCAAUUUGGACUAAAAAAUUGGGUUUCAGAAAGAUGAGUGACGAUCGGUAUACACAGUACUCGAGGGACAUCCAGCUCACCAUAUUCAAAGGGACAUCAAUGCUGGAGAAGGAAUUGCAUCGUGCUACAUCUACAUCUACAUCCAUGAACUAA